AUGCUCAGGAGAUGGACUGGGUACUCUGCCCAGGAUCCCGUCAAGGAAGACAAGUUCGAUCCUAGGGUGCAUCUCCGUUAUGUUCCACCUCAAAAGAAGAUCACGAUGCAGGAGUUGCUCUUGCAUCCGAGUCCAACCGCGUCUCCUGUGGCAGGAACGACCCCUUUCCCUUUACUGUCACCGAGAGGCGUGAGGGCCUAUCGAAAGGCUCUGUUCCAGCAGGAGGUGAUGGAUAAUUGCGCAAGCUCCCCGUUUCCGGGCACUCUGGUUCUUCGUGACGCAGUCAAGCAUUCCCAGUUCAUCAGGGAAUUCUGGACGCACCCCGAAACAAUGAGAAUCGUCUCUGACGCGUCCGGUGUACCUUUGGAAGUCGUCAUGCCUACCGAGAUUGGGCAUACGAACAUUCAGGUGGAAGGAGCCACGAUAUCAGAAAUGACGAGGAAUCUCCAGGUUGAGCCGUCGGGAGAAAAACUGGAUCUAAGCCCCGAAGACAAAGCUUAUGAUCCCUUGAAAGCGAAAAGCUCCAUCAUUCCCUGGCACUACGACUCUUAUCCGUAUGUCUGUGUCUUGAUGUUGAGUGAGACCGACGGGAUGGUUGGAGGAGAAACUUAUAUUAAAAAGGGGAAUGGCGAAGCUCUGAAGGUCGAGGGUCCCCAAAUCGGUCAUGCAGUGAUGCUCCAAGGAGGCGAAGUCGAACAUCUGGCCGCUCGCGCGAAAGGGGUGAGGGAGCGCAUAUCCACCAUCACGUCGUACCGGUCAAGGCUGCCGAAUGUUUACGACUCCAGCUACCUUACCAACGUGCGGCCGUAUGCGGAUCUGGAUUCUCUCUACCCCGAAUGGGCCCAGUACCGCCUGCGAAAGCUGAGGGACGAAAUCACCCACUAUCUCCACAAGGCUGAGAAGAAAGAGGACUCUUCCUUCCAACGAGAGGAGCUGCAGAGCAUCAUCGACCAGCAGAUUGAUUACUUGCAACGGACCUCUCGGCAAAUGGUCUCCCCGGCGUAUCGGGAUCAAAUCCAGAACAAGUAUGGCAAAGGAGCAUACUACGAUGUGUUAGCAAUCUGGGAAACCGUCCAAUCUCUGCCAGAAUUUGAGAGACUUGCCUCUUCCACCGACCAGAAUAGACUCUGGAUGCCGGAGAGUGCCUAUUGGAUCGACCUCCAAACGUCGCUCGAGACGAUCCAAUACGCAGGUAUCCUCAGACGUAACGCCACUGGAGGCGCAGCUCUACCAAAAGUCUCGGUAUCCGAAUCCUUCGAAGCCCACCGACAAUGGCAGCUGUUCACGUCUUCGCCCGGGAGGGUUCUGCAACAUCCAGGUGCAGGCUUAAAGCUCCAGCCUAGACAUCUCAACAGAAAUCCCUCGAUGAAGCUGCCGACAGGGAAAGGUUUCACUUUCGCCUUGACUUCAGACCUGGACCUUCGCCAGGCGCUGCUGAGCGGAUACGAGCCACACCCGGUGCCUCGAUGA